AUGAAGCCAACCUCCAAGAUUGCCAUCAUCGGUGUCGGCCAAGUGGGCGGUGCGGCUGCCAACGCCAUCGUCCUUUCCUCGAUCGCGAGCGAGGUCCUGCUCGUGGAUUCCGAUAUUGACCGCCGAGACGCGCAGGUACAGGACCUCUCAGAUGUAGCUUACAGCCAGAAAGGAGUCACCCGCGUACAGGCAGCGACAUAUGAGGAAGCGGCCCAGAGCGACAUUAUAGUCAUCACUGCUGGCUCUAGACAUUUCUUUGGUCAAUGCAGCAUCGACUACACGGCCAGGAACGUUUCAAUGGUUUCGAAUAUAAUCAAGUCAAUGGUCCCAUUCAAAGCCAGCUCAAUUCUGCUCAUCGUGGCAAACCCUGUCGACUUGCUUACAUCAAUUGCCCAAGAACUAUCAGGGCUUCCGAGGCAUCAAGUACUGGGUGCUGGAACCUUCCUCGACUCCAUUAGGCUCCGCGGUCUGGUCGCUGCCAGUUCAAUAGAUGUCUACGUUUUGGGUGUGCACGGCGAAGCUCAAGUUACAGCAUGGUCAAUGACAAAGAUUGGGGGCAGCCCCAUAGCCAAGGCACUGCUGCCCAGCAGCCUUGAAUGUGACAAGAUUUCAGACGAGUGUCGAGAGAAAGCCGAGAUCAUCAUGCGAACCAAAGGUUCGACGCCAUAUGGCAUUGCGUCUGUUGUGGCCAGUACUUGUACUUCUAUCCUCAUGGACAAGCGAAACAUCCGCCCACUUAGCCAUUAUCAGCCAGAGUUUGGCUGCUGUUUCAGUUUGCCUGCGCUCAUUGGGAGGCAAGGAAUUGUCGGGACCGUUCACAUGCCCUUAAAUGAUGAGGAAAAGGCCAAGAUUGACAAUUCAGCUAAGAAGCUGAAGGCACGUCUUGAGGCCAUCCAUAAGGAUUGUGAUUUAGUCUAG